ACAUUCCAGAGCCCCGCCCCCCACAGAAGCCACGCCCAGAGACGAGCCACGCCCCAAACCCAGAAGCUCGUGGCAAGGAAACGCGUACCGCCUCUUGCUUUUAACCAAUCCACACACUUACUCUUCGUGAGCCCCCGCCUCUAAUCUCCUGCGCACCGCUCAAUGGUCGGAGAACGAUAAAGCCCCACCCACAAGCUGUUGUGCGCCUGCGCUUCAGACUGAGCUCCUUGUGGGUGGUGGGACUGAGGUGCUGUUAUGGCGGACCCCGGGGUUCCCGGCCGGUACGAAAGUGGUACGGGAAAUCUGGGGGUGAAGGAGGCGGCGGGUCCUGGAGGAGCCCUGGUGGAACUCACCCCGACCCCCGGCGGCCUGGCUCUGGUGAGCCCCUACCACACCCACCGGGUCGGGGACCCCUUAGACCUCGUGGCGCUCGCCGAGCAGGUGCAGAAGGCUGAUGAAUUCAUCCGAGCAAAUGCUACUAACAAGCUGACAGUCAUUGCUGAGCAAAUUCAGCAUUUGCAAGAACAAGCCAGGAAGGAAUGGGGAGCAGGCUGUCCCCAUGACUUCCUUGGUGCCUACAAGCUGCAACAUGACAUGUCAUGGACUCCAUAUGAAGAUGUGGAGAAGCAAGAUGCUAAAAUCAGCAUGAUGGACAAGCUGCUGAGCCAGCCCAUGGCCUUGCCCCCAUGCACUGAACCCACCUUCCAGGGACUGCCUCACUGAGUAGCUCUGACUAGCAGCCCUCAUGACCAAGGCUUGAGCGCUACCCACCUCCUGUCCACAUUCUUUCCCUGGGAAAGCGGGAAGGGGGAACUAUGGGUAUUUGGUGAAUCAUGAACUACUUGGACGAUGAUCUUGAUGAAUGUAGCUGCUGAUUUUGCUCUCAGUUGGGAUGGUAAGGAAUCCCAGCACUGUGGGAUCUUCUUGGGUUCACUGAUGCCCAGUCAGUUGGUUUCCAAGGAUUGGCCAGAGCUUCCCUUUACCUCCAGCUGUCCCUCCCUUUGAGUCAAAACCCUGGAGAAGGAAGAGCCUUCUUCCUAGCAAGAUGGUGAGUCAUUCUCCAAGAGGAACCAUUUGUCUCUCUUUGUGUGGGGUUGGUGUGGAAGCUGUCUGCAUAGGUGCUGCCAUGCUGAUUUCAGGCUGACCUAGGAACCACAGUGUUGCCUAAGAGGGAUUGAAAAAACAACAAACAAAACCUUGGCCUGGCUGGGUGAGAGCAUUGACUCUAGAGUUUCAGUCCUGAUGGUGGGCGGCCUGGUUUGUCCUUCUGCCCUUCCAUCCUAGUGACACUGACUGGAGACUGAAGCAACAGCCUGGCAGGCCAGGUUUGGGAACCUAAGCCUGUGGAAGAUUAGACCUUGAAGAGGUUUACAAGGUUACCCCUGCUGUUUUAUGUGUCCAUCCUAAAGCCUUCUUAGGGAUAGCCUGAACUCAGCACCACCACAGGACAGACCCAUCAAAUGCAUUUUUAAGCUACAGUGUGGAAGAGCUGGAGAGAGGGUCAGCAGUCCCGGGUACUUGCUGCUCUGCUGGGGGACCUGAGUUCCAUUCCUAACACCCACGUCAGGCUGCUCAAAACCACCUGUACCUCCAGCUCCAGGAGCACUCUCUUCUGACUCCAUUAGCCAUACACACAUGGCACACCCCACCCCAGAUAUACAUAUACAUACAUUUAAAAAUAAAUCUUCUCAAAGAGAUAGUAUGGAAGAAUAGGGCAGUGUGGACACAAAACAAGAAAAAUGACUGGUCUGUCCUCAGGUUAUGAGUUGUCUGGGAUUGUUUAUUUAUGGGGUCCGUAUAGCUCAGGUUAGCCUGAAACUGACUAGCAGCAGCUGGCUUUAGUGUGAUAAUCCUGCCUCAGCCUCCCUAGUGGUGAUUUACAGGCAUGAGCCAUCACACCUAGCAGGUUAGCUCAUUUUUACAGCUUACUGAAUAAAUCAUGAACUGAAUAGAGGGGGGUGGAGCUAAAUGAUGGAGUGUUUACACAGUAUUCAUGAGGCUCUGAUUCCAUCUCCAGUGCUGCAGACAAUCAGAAGGGACUGAACAGGGCCUUUCUUAGCUAAAACCACCGUGACUGACUGGGCUUUUUGAACUUGACCUCAUUUUCUGUUUAGUUAAAAGUCACACCCUCAGUACCAUGAGGUUUAUUGUAGUAAGUUCUCAAGGACUUGAGGAGGUGAUUGAGCCCACAAGCCCAAGUUUGGGUCUAGACUGUGUCCUGGUGUCCAUGGCUUCACUCAUGACCAGUGCACCUUAUGAGCUAGAAACAUCCAUGCCUAGCAGAAGAACUGAGAUCUAACAAGGGACACACAGAAACGUCCCUCACUGGGAAGCUGCAGAGCUGGAAGAUGGGCUUUGCUGAGAUGUUAGUUGAUUCUGACCCCAGAACAUUGCCCCAUCUUCAAGAGGUUCUGACCUGUGUGGUAAUGCUGGAUUUUGAGAGGUACUUUGUUAGGAGGUAAACGAAUUGCCACAGGGUUAGUGGCUUAAAGCAACACUCAUCUAUUCAUGGCUUUGUGCCACAGUUUGUGUCAGCCUCUAGGUUUCACAUACUGCAAGGGUGCAGUCAGGUUUUGGGCUAGGGCGUUACUGUCUGCUUCCAAGCUCACUUGGUUUUGCCAGAAUAUUGGUUCCUUGGAGAUUGUUAAGCUACCUGGUGAUAGUAUGGUAGAGGUCCCCUCAGCUCCUUACCACAGGAGCCCAGCAGCAUAGGAACAUUUGCUAUGAGAGAAAGGACUGGAGCUCACAAGAAUGGGAGUUCUAACCUAUGUAGCCCCACCACAGAAAUGACAUCGCCUCUGCUGGAUUCGAUUUAGAAGCCGGUCUCUAAGCUGGCACAUGGAAGGGAAGGAAUUACACAAGAGCAUAGAGAGCAGAAGGCAGAGACCCCAGACCUUACAGUCUGCUGCAGUGCUCAUUUGAGACAGAGAAAGUAACCGCUUUGGGUAAAAGAAGUAUCAAGCCGGGCAUGGUGGCACACACCUUUAAUCCCAGCACUUAGGAGGCAGAGGCAGGCAGAUUGCUGAGUUCAAG